AUGUCUGUUAUGUCUGUUAUGUCCCUGCCUCGUUUAUGUUUCCUUGGAUCCUGGUUCCGUUUCUCCUCAUUAAUGCGGCAGGUUACCAUGGCAACAUCAGCCUCCUCUCCCGGCAUGCAGCAGCAGAGCGCCCCCUCACAGAGCGGCAGCAGGCGGUACUGCAGCAGGGUGGAGCAGCAGACGGACGGCUGCAGCCAGGAGAAGUGAUGAUGGAUGGAGACUCACCCCCCCUCAGAGAUGGCCCUGCCCCUGAGGAGCAGUGCAUGCUGGGAGCUCUGAAGGAACCUGCAGAAGAUGCUGUGAAGUCCUCCAGGUCAGCAGGGGUCACCAGAGCUGCCAAGCUGAUCUCAGCCAAGAGUUCAGAGUCAGUAGACGGAGGUAACAGUCCAGGAAGUCGUUCUCCUGCCAGUCGAUCCUCCACUCCAAACAGAGACCUCAAGAAGGUGGCGGUGGUCCGAACCCCCCCCAGGUCUCCUGUCUCUGCUCGGGGACGGACGCCCCCCCUCCCCUCCCACCCAAUGCCCGACCUCAGCAACGUGAAGUCAAAGGUCGGAUCCACGGAGAACCUCAAACACACUCCUGGGGGGGGCAAGGUUCAGAUUGUUCAUAAGAAGUUGAAUCUCACCAGCGUGGCAUCAAAGUGCGGCUCCAAAGACAACCUCUUUCACAAACCAGGUGGAGGGAAGGUGGAGAUUAAAUCAGAGAAGGUGGAUUUUAAAACUGUUCAGUCUAAAGUGGGUUCUCUGGAGAACAUCACUCAUGUGCCAGGAGGCGGGAAGAAGAAGAUUGAGAGUCAGAAGCUGACCUUCAGAGAGAGCGCCAAAGCUCGUACCGACCACGGUGCUGACAUCAUCGUCCAGCCUGACUCCUCCCCUCCUCACCUCAGCAACACCCCCCCCCAGAGCCCCGACGCUGCUAAAGCUCCGCCCCUCAACACCCUGGCAGACCAGGUGACUGCCUCCCUCGCCAAACAAGGCCUGUAA